AUGGAGAAAAGACAGAGAGAAUCAAGCUCAGAACCCACACAGAAGCGAAGAAGGUUAGAAGAAAAGCUCCCAUCCUUACCAGUACAUGACAAGAGGCCGAUACUGAAGGCAGGACUGUCAUGGACGGUCAAGAACAAAGUUGAAGACGCCCAAGGGACAUUCCUCUUUGACACCGGUUGUACAGGAGCAAUCCUCAAUCAGAGUUUUGUGAGGAAGUACGGAGUUCUCUUAGUGCGGCGAGAUCAACCUCUGACAAUAUAUUAUGCUCAAGAAGAUGUCAUGAUGGGCGGAGGUGAGUAUUACACUCACCCAGUCCACAUGAGCAUGGGAGAUCAUAGGGAGACACUCCGAUGGGAGGUGGCUACUUUGGAAGAAGGAAUAUCCGGUUACCUACCAGUUGCAUGGGCAAGGAAGCAUACCCCGGAUAUCAAUUGGGAAUUCAAUACCAUAAGCUGGCGAAGUGACUACUGCAAGCAGAAUUCUCUCCCAGUGUAA